GAGCUCUUUAAUUGAAAACAAAAUUUGGUCCAAUGAAUUAGAUUUCCCAGCAUUCCUCAUUCUCAAAGUGAAAACAUUUGAUAAAUACAUUUCAACAGGCAGCCCAAAAUGAUGAAGUGACGUCAUGAACGUAAAUACAAAUCUCAGACCAUAGAUAUUCUUUCCAUUCCACACUUAAAACUUGACUUAUAAGAAUGGACAGCGAAGACGAUAUGAUAUAUGAAGAUGAUGAAUCUCAUGAAGAGGAGGACAGUAAUGAUGAUGAUGACUUUGUGGACAUAGCUAUGGAGCCUGAACCAUCGUCUACAAGCGAGUCAAAAGACCAUGAAGACUAUCCGUUUGAAGUUUUGACAGCAGACAGAAUUGUUCAUGUAAUGGUUGAGUGUAUAAAAGAAGUAAAUGCGGUGGUUCAGAUUCCAUCAACCAUAACAAGAAUUUUGUUAAACCAUUUUAGAUGGGACAAGGAAAAGCUGAUGGAAAGGUACUAUGAUGGUGAUCAGGACAGCUUGUUUUCUGAGGCCCAUGUUGUAAGUCCAUACAGAAAAGAUGCCUCAAGACAGGCUAAGAGAAACACCCGAGGUUCAACUGCCUCCACAUCCAGUGAGAUCAUGUGUGAAAUCUGCUGUUUUACAAAACCUGCAAAUGAAAUGACAGGGUUAGAGUGUGGUCACAAGUUCUGCUCCCUAUGCUGGAUGGAUUAUCUGACCUCAAAGAUUGUUGAUGAGGGUAUGGGACAGACUAUAGCAUGUGCGGCCUUUGGUUGUGAUAUUCUAGUUGAUGAUGUCACUGUCAUGUUAAUUACUUUUGGUUCCAGCAGGUUAAAAGUUAAGCAAGUACCUAUUAAUUACUUUUAUUUGCUUUUAUUUCAGUGUAAUAAAUUAUUACGUUGGUGCCCAGCCCCUGAUUUGUGGCCCAACGUUGUUAAAGUAAAAAUAUUUUGUUUGAAAAAAUUUGUACAGUGGCUUUGUGACAAAACAUUCUGUUUUGCAUGUGGAGAAAAUUGGCAUGACCCGGUGAAAUGUAUGUGGUUGAGAAAGUGGAUACGAAAAUGUGAUGAUGACAGUGAAACAUCCAACUGGAUAGCUGCCAACACAAAGGAGUGCCCUAAAUGCCAUGUGACCAUUGAGAAAGAUGGUGGAUGUAAUCACAUGAUUUGCAAGAAUCAAAACUGCAGGGCAGACUUUUGCUGGGUGUGUUUGGGACCCUGGGAACCUCAUGGAUCUUCCUGGUACAAUUGCAACAGAUUUGAUGAGGAUGAGGCAAAGAAAGCCAGAGAUAGUCAAGAAAAAUCUCGUUGUCACCUACAGAGGUAUCUAUUUUAUUGUAAUAGAUACAUGAAUCAUAUGCAGAGUCUCAAAUUUGAGAACAAAUUGUAUGCAUCAGUUAGAUUGAAAAUGGAAGAAAUGCAGCAACAUAGCAUGUCAUGGAUUGAAGUACAGUUCCUUAAGGUCGCUGUCGAUGUACUAUGUAGCUGUCGACAGACUCUCAUGUACACAUAUGUAUUUGCUUUCUAUCUGUCAAAAAACAACCAGUCUAUCAUAUUUGAGGAAAACCAGAAAGACUUGGAACAUGCCACUGAACAAUUAUCAGAGUACUUGGAGCGUGACAUAACCUCUGAACUUCUUGUUGAUAUUAAACAGAAAGUACAGGACAAAUACAGAUACUGUGAAAGCAGAAGAAAGGUUCUGUUAGAUCAUGUACAUGAGGGAUACGAGAAGGAACAAUGGGAAUACCAAGAAGUAUUGUGAUAGCAAUUAUCUCCCUUAGUUACUAUUUAUAGACAAUUGAAUACAUUUCAUUCAUGUUACUUCUUAAUUUUGCAAGAACCAAAAUAUCUGGAACGAACGUCAUGAUAAUUUUUUAUUUAUUUUUUUGUAAACAUGUAAAUCUCAUGAAUUAUUGUUAGUAAAAAUGAAGCAUGUACUUUCUGCUUGUCUUUUAAGUUUUAUCAUCAAUAUUUUACUGUUUGCAGAAUGACAGAUAUUUCUGGUAUCAAUAGUAUUUGUUACUUGACAUGGUGUAUGAAUACAUAUAUCUAGUUUUGAUUAUUUAAGUAAUUAUUUAAAUAAUUGAUUCUGAUUAUAAAUUGAAUUCUUCCUAUGUUUGUAAUACAUGAAAUAUAUGAAAUUUUUUACUUAUGAUGAAGCAUUGUUUAAGAAUAUGGACUCUAGGAUAAAGGUAGAGUGUUCAUGUAAUGAUUGGCAUUUAUCACAAGUUUAUUGUCAGACCAGCCUGUCCACCCUGCAUUCUGACAAAGGCUCUUUAUAAACCUGGUAUUUUAUAUGAAAAUCCCUCAAACCACUAAUACACUCUUCCAUUUCACAGCAGGGCAAUUUCAUUUUACAAAAGAGGCAGUUUAUGGCUUAAGACUUUUAAAGGGACUUCAAUGAGGUUUAUUGACAUUAUUGACAAUUUCUUUUUACAAUUUGAUGUGGGUCUAUACCAAUAAAUUGUGGACAAAAUUUCAGAUCAUUAGCUGGCACCUUUUUUUCUACAAUAAUCCUUUAUAUUGUGCCAAAUGACCCAAAAACGAAAAUUUAAAGGUAUUGAACUCAAAUCAAGCUAAAAAUCAUGCUAAGUAUUGACUUUUUAUUAAAUUCUGCAUAUAUUUCUGAAUUGUCUUUUUCAUAUUUGUCUGUUUUAGUAUCCAAUACCAUGUGAUCUUAAGUGAGAUUUUCAUAUUUUAUGUUUUUAGACUUUGGACCUCAGUGGAGUCCUUUUAAUGUUUUUUGUUGAUUUUUUUUUUAAUAGACAGUUAAUAUGUUGCUAUGAAUAAAAUAAGACAUACUGAAAAUGGCUGCCCUGAACAGAUGUGCGUGACCACUGAAAGUUGUGUGCUCUGUUAUGAUAUAGACCAUUGUUUCAAGGCUUAUAAAAGAUGCUGCAUUUCAUGUUAGUUGUUUCAUAAAAUUUAGAAGCAAAGAAGUGUCAAUAUUUGUAAUAAUUUGCUUAGGUAAGAACCAAUUGACUUCUUGUUUUAAAGAGUCUUGGUAUAAAAGAGGGGUCUAAGUAACUUAGUGAAUAUGUCAGUCAUUGACUUCAGGCUUUGAUUAAGAUUAAAAUUAGUGUAAGCAUAGAAACAAUUUGUGCUAAUUCAUGUAAACUCUGUUAGCAGUACUUGAUGUCAUUGAAAUAUUAACUUUUCAAUAUAACAUUUUUAUAUGUUUAGCAAAGAGAAAGAAUGACCAGGUUAAUAUACAACAUUAAAAUCACUGAAAAUUCUUCAGAAUUAUGUUUAAAAAAUUAAAACAUGCAUAAUUUAUGUGUUUCUUAACAAUUUAGACUUUGUAUUUGUAGAAAUUUAAAUAUUUUAAGGUUUAACUUGGUGUACAAAGUAUUGGAACCUUUCUAAAUAAUAAACAUUGUGGUAUACUGUGCCAUAUAUGGUUGAUUAUCCUGGUUAUAGUAUACACAUUUCUCUUGGGUAUAUACCACAUAUAUCAAGGUUUUUACAUAAACAUUUUCAAAGAAAAAUUCUAUUGAUACUUUACUUAUAACAUGUAUCUCUGUAAUGUCUAACACUCUGUUUUGUCAAACACUUUGUUAUGUCAAACACUCUGUUAUGUCAAAUGCUCCUUGUUAGCUCUGUGAAUAGGACUUUACAAUUUUGCUGCUUUCAAGACAGAUAUACACUUUUCACACAGUUUGCCUGCAAGGCUAGUUAUGGUAACAUGUUUAUUAUCUUUUAUGAGCUGGUUGAUAAAUAAUAUUAUAUUUACUAUGUGCAUUUUCUUCAAUUGUGUAACUAAAGAACAGCAUGCUUAUUUUUGUGGUGAAAAAAGACUAGAAUUAUUAUUCUGGCAUUGAAUAGGUUUAAAUGUAUGGAAUCUUAUUGCAGGUUUUUAAAUGGUUAAAUUCAUUCUUUGCUAAUAUAAUUGAAGAUAGUAUACAGAAAUGGGUGUUUUCUAACAUUUCUGAUUAUUACAUCAUAGAUCUUGGAAUAAUAAAUGACUUAAUUAUUUCAUGUAGUAUUUGUAACAGGUAUUGUAUAAAAUGGUUUUAAGUUUCAUUAUUUUGUAUACAAGCUCCACCACAACACCUAAAUAUUUCAAGAAAUGAUGUUAAUAAAAUAAAAAAAUGAACAUGUGCUCAUUUAUCUACAAACCCUUAAAAUAAAAAUGAAAUAUAUUUUGCAAGAGAUUGUGGUGUUGUGUUAACCUAGUUUAAAAAGUACCCAUAAACAUGUUUAAUAAUCAAGACUGUCUUUGUAAAAUUGUGUUUAGGAAAUGACCAUCUAGAUAUCAAAACAACAUAAAAGUUUACUAGUAGAUUGUAAAGUUCAAUUGGUCGUCUCUUCCAAGGAAUAGUUUCCACCAAUCAAAAAAAGAAAUGUAAAGAAAAAAGGCACAGGCAGAAAAUUCUGUCUGUUUUAGCAUUGUCAUCACUUUGAUGAAUGAGAACCAUCGAAGUGCAACAAAAAAACAAGAACAUUCCUUUAGUCUUAACAGACAAGUUCAUUUUGACCACAAUCUGCGUGUACUCAGAGUAGAGUAUAUAUUUAGUACAAAUAUUUUAUGUAGAAUUGUCAUAUACUUCAUCAAUACCUAAACCUUUCUUCAAAAUCAUUUUAUGUUUUGUUUCACAAAGAAUACAUUUUUAUUAGUUUAAAACUACAUUUUUCUGUUUGAAAAAUUUCAGAAAUGUUGAAUAGAUUAUGUUUUGGUUUUAUUUUUAUUGGAUAUACAUUUUAUCAAUAGCUACCGGCCUGCCAUGUUGUUAUAAACACUUGGAUUCAUAUUGUGUCAGCUAAAGUCUGAAAUUUAGACACAGACUGCAAGUUGCUUAAUAUUUUAUUGUUACAAAAAUACUCAAAUUAUAAUGAAUUAUACUACAGAAAUGUUGGGAUGUAGAAACACAAACUAAAAGCCUCUAUGGCCAAAGUCCCUAACUUUUAUCACUUGCCCCUAAACACUAUGAGUUUUAAAAUCCUGAUAGAAAUCGGGAAUUUUCCGUCUUAUUAAAAACAGCUAAAUUAUGCAGUCCCUGUCUAACUUUUGAGGCUUUUGCUGUAGAUGAAUUAUGAGUGCUGACCUGUGACAUUGAGUAUUUAAAGUGUAAUUUUAUUAUGUGAUGAUACUAGGUUUAUAGCAUUAAGUUUAAAUUUUGUGUGUGUUUUACUCGAUUUAAUGCUUGGUUAUGUAAAUAAUAUGUUUUGAAUGUUUGAAAAAUUUUAUUGUAUAGGAAUAGACGUUGAUAUGAAUUGUUUCUUGUUUUAUUUGUUUUAAUGCAGUAUGAAAUACAUGUAUUUGGAAAGCUGAUUUAGCAGACAAGCAAGUGUUUGUAAUGCUUAUUUGUUAAGGUUAUCAAUCAGUUACAAGAGUUGAUUAAUUUUCAGCAUGUAAUGUACAUGUGUAUAUUUUUCAAGAUUUCUCUCAAACUGGAGAGAAUUGAUCCAGCAUGGUAAGCUAACUUAGUAGAGGGGGAUUCACCCAUAAUCUGCUUAAACAGUGAUAAGCCUUUACCACCCUGGCCAACCAGCAUUAUUGUGUGCAGUAUAAUAUGACUUUAUAUUGUUGGCUGACUAACUUGUAAUUUCUUAACAUUCCCAAAAUUGAUAAUGGAUUGUACUGAUGGAAAGUGUCAAAAAAGAAGCUGGACAAGUCCAUUCUAGAAAUCCAGCAGGUUUAGGAUUAAAUGACUGUGUGUAUUUUGGGUUAAUCCUGCUACUUUUUUGGUUAAAUAGACUGGUGAAUGUAAAUGCAAAAAUAAUUUGGUCACAGUCUAUAACCAAGUCUGCUUCCUGUUUUCACACUGAAGGUACAUAAAUCUGAAGUACGGUAGUAGGUGCUUGUAAUCACAACAUCUGGUACACGUUGAAUUGUAUAAGCUUGCAAGACAUGGUUCAGUGAUUUCGUUUACCCACUGUGAUAUCAUGUGCAGUGGCAGUAAAAAUUACAUGGAUUUGAGAAAUCUGCUCAUUUCUAUUGCCUUACUAUGCUAUCUUUAACAACAUGUUUUAUGUUGGGUAACUCCAUAAAAAUAUACUAAAAGCUAAAAACUAUACUCUGAAUAUAAGGUAUGAUGGGCAAAUCCAUUAUUUAAAUUUAGCAGGGUUUAUAUAUAAGUCAUGUUAAAAUGUUUGUUUAUCAGUGCAAUGUAUUGAUUUUAAAUCAUUAUUGUGCAAAAUUUGGAUCUCAGUACUUUGAAUAUUUAUGCUAAUAUGUUGAAAAACAAAAUAUCUUAAAAGCUUUUGGUCAUGUAUAUAGUAAAUUAGGAAAAUAAAUGUUAAUUGGACAAAAAUCUUGUAUGUCUGAGUGUUAUCAACUUGUAUCUAAAAUGUAAAACAUUUGGAAAAUUGUCAAAGCAUACUUAUUUCAAGUUUCCAAAUUGUAUAACUUGUCCAAGUUGGGAACAAAUAUUGGAGACAAUUACUUGGUUGAUGAGAAGAUAGGAAAUAUGUAUCCAAAUGUAUGAUUUUUCCACAAUUAUUAUGUAUAAUGGAAAUUUUAUUGUACCUUUUAACAAAAAUUUGAGGAAACUUUAAGGGAUUAUUUCUCUUGUAAAGGCAUUACUCAAGAUGAAUUAAAGAUGAAAAUGAAAUAUUACAUUUAAUCAUUUCUUGCUAAUGUACAUUAUGACAUAGUGAACUGUCGGUGUCGCAACUUGUCAAUGUUUUAUAUCAUUGCAUCAUCAUAAUUUACAGAUUUUGCUUAAUUCAGCGCUUGUUUAUUAUUUGUGUAUACAUACAGUUUAUGAAUGGUUGCUUGGAUAUAAGGGAUUUUGCACUGUGCAUCUUUUGUUUAUAUUGUAAAAUAACUACUCCAAAUAAAGGAAUACUGUUUUCAUA